AUGCCAUCAACCAUUGACGUGCUCGAUCCGUACGACAUCUCGGAGGACAUCCUAACAAUAAAAGCAAACCGGCGCAAUCUCUCCAAGAUAUUGAAACAAGCCAAGCCAUCGAAAGAAGCGAAUCAGGUGAGCUCUGCGGACACCUUUAAGACAACAGCAGCAAAAUAUUAUGUGAGGAUUGGGGAUAAGACUGUGGUCGCCACCCUGGACACGGGGGCAGCAGUGAGACUUGAGAAAGGACCUUGGGGAAGGCUAGGGAGAGAUAAGACGUUAUUACUGGGGACCGACUGGUUCCAAAAAGGGAAGGCCCUAAUACACUUUGAUGAACAAAAGAUACUCCUAAAGUAUCAAGGAAAAGAAUUGGAAGUGCUCAUUUCACACAAUGGUCUCGAAAAGUUAGUGCGACCGGACGAGAUAGAGGCGAGCGACUAUGAGAGCGGAGAUGCCUUCGACAAAUGGGAGUAUGAGAGUGAGGAGAUGGAGAAAAAGGAAGGGUAUUAUACAGAGGAGCAAUCCAAAGAAGAAGAAACGACCUGCGAAGAAAUCCCAAGCCUUGCCAUUUAUCUGGCCAUCCUGGAGCAAGUAACGAUGUGGAAAGAAGAGGAGUCCACUAUCGAAGAACUGAAAGUAGAUCUGGACAACCUGUCGGAGGAAAAAAGGGUAGAAGUGGUAAAACUUUUCGAAGCAGAAGAGGAAUU